AUGGCAGUCCCUCAUCCUAUUCCCGCAACCAUCCAGAGCCACCUCACCGAUACGGCAGAACAUCUUAUGACGUUCUUCCCACCAUCAGGGCUUUCUGCUCUAUCACGACGUCCGGAGAAAGAUCAGCCCAGGGAGGGCCAAGGGAAGAUCACUUACUCCCCUCCAAUGAGCGUGUUUGUUUGUUAUCAGACGUCAUGGGUGCACCGGCUUCUCGGUUUACCGUGCAAACGUCGGCGGCACGGGACCAACAGACAGAAAGUGAAUCCACAGUACGUGUACGUGUGCUUGGAACUCGAGUGGUGGCGCUCUCCGGGCGACCGGCGAUGUUUGCGUUGUGAAUGGAGCGCGAGCGUCCAGGGUUCAACGGCACGUUGGCAAACAGAUCCC